ACUUGUGCGUUGACACUUGUGUUAGGUUAAGCUGGCCUGUUUAUGUUUCUUUUAGUUAUUUAUUUUUGGAAUAAACUACUACAUAUGGUUAUUGUCAUUUGAAUUCUAUAACCAUGAGGAUGAGUGUCUGAUAGCAACAGAAAAGACCCUAAAAUGUAAAUAAAAGAAAGUAUGCAUCUGCAGGUAAAUUCAGAAGGCCGGCGGCCGAAAAAUGGAUUCCAUUUCCAUUCCCAUUUUCUAAAGUCGUUUUCAGCUCUUAGAAAGUCAACCAACGACUUUGACGACAAACUUAAAAUCGGAGAAGGAGGCUUUGGAAAGGUGUACAAAGGUUGUCUCAAACAUAAUAAUGGCGAUGUAGCUGAUUAUUCGAUCGCAUUGAAGGUAAAGAAGUGUCAGAACUCCAUUCAAACUCCCCGUGAGUUCAAGACGGAAAUUGAGAUCCUAUGUCAGCUUCGUCACCCUAACAUAAUAUCUCUGAUGGGAUUCUGCUACCAACAAGAGAAUAUGAUUGUUGUGUACGAGUACAUGGCGAAUGGAUCACUCCAUGAUUACUUGAGUAAUAAGAACAAAGAACCACUGUCAUGGAAGAAGAGACUAGAGAUCUGCAUCGGAGUAGCACGUGCUCUUCACUACCUUCAUGCUGGAGCCAAGCGUUGUAUCGUUCACUGUGAUAUAAAACCACAAAACAUUCUAUUGGAUAGGAAUAUGGUCCCCAAACUCUCAGAUUUCGGGUUUUCAUUGCAGGGAUCGCUCUCUGAUAAAUGUGAUGUUUACUCCUUUGGCAUGGUUCUACUACACUUGGUAGGCCAUAAUGUGUUGCAUUACUUAAUUCAACAUGAAGAGCACGCUCUUGAGGAGACAAUGGAUCCAAUUCUGAAUGGAAAGGUUGCACCAGAUUGUUGGCAAGUAUUCGCUAGUGUCAUACAGAGUUGCCUGGAUUAUGAAGCAGACGAGCGACCAACAAUGGGCGAAGUAGAGAUAUUGCUUGAGCAUGCUCUCUCAUUGCAGCAACAAGCUGAUAUUACAAACAUCAAUGCUGCUGCUCCCUUUACUUUGUUAUCCACUACUCAUUUCUCCGAUAUAUUCAGAGUUUCAGGUAGUAUAAAUAAUGGUGAUCUAACCUCUUAUGCUCCAAUGGAAGGAGGCUUAUGCUAGAGGUUCAGCUGAAUUUCAUGUGCUUUUUUACUAUUCUUGUUUUUCUUUCCUUCUUUGCUGGCUAGCUGUUAAACAAGAGAAAUACCUGUGUACAAUAUGUUAUUAUUCACCAAAUAUUAUCAUUUUA